UAAUUUUUUUUUUCUAUUUCUUGGCUCAUCCAUAGAUGAGUAAAUAAAUGAAACUUGGUCUAAUUGCAGAUUUUUCUUAUAAUCUAAGUGGUUCUAUUUUCUGGUGAGAGAAAGAUGGGCCUUCUGCUAAAUUGAGACACUGCUGUGUUCAACAAUCUACCCUCGUGUUUCGAGCUUUUCGUUACUUCGUAAUUUCAUCAUAAUUUCGGGAAAUAUCUGCGAAGGUUUUCCGGGAAAAUUCCGUUGUGGAAAACAGCUAAAAAGUUGUAAAAUGGAUUUUUAUUAAAUCUUCCAGCUGGAUUAUCGAUUUUUUCAGUUUCUUGCAAGUAUCGGACCGGAUUCUAAAAGAUCACUCAAAACAGUAAUAAUCACAAUGCGUUUGUGUGACUGAUGAAAGCAAAAUCAUGAAAACAGAGUUUUAACAGAUCACUGCAUGAUGAAUCAAUAUAAAAAUGUGAACUGUUAAAUGGAGAAAAACUGUCGAAGAAAUAUAAAGAGAGAAGGAAUAAAUCGAAUAGGAUGUAUGUGGGUAUUCAUCAGCAUCUUUGGAUCUAACCAGAAGCGCCUCUUGAUGGAUAAGAAACGUGGAAGCAAAAGAUUUGCAGGUAAUAACGAGAAGAAGCAGCUUCCCUGUUCUUGUGAGAGCUCUCAGGAGAGUGUUGAGAAACUCAUUGAUGAGGAUGUCGAUGUUUUGAUUACUGGUGAUGAAGAUGUAGAGACUAAGGUUUGUGAGAAGUUAGCUGAUGAGUGUCUCUACAAUGAAUCUGAAGAAAAAUUCAGGGAGAUAAUGAAGCGGUUGAUAGCUCAGAAAGAAGGAGAGAUCCAAACCUGUAAGGAUUUGUUGGAGGCGUUUCAUGUUUUGAAUUCUGAAGAAGAAUCACUCCUGAAGAAGAUCUCACAUGAAGGUGCUCAAAGCUUGGGAGAUUCUAAGAGAGUAGCAGAAGAAAAGCCUGAAGCAGUCUCAAAACAAGAGGCCGUGGUGGUACCUCAAAAGAAAACUAAAUUCUUCAGCAGAAAAUGGAGAUCAGAAGAGAGGAGAAACAGAUCUCAAGCUGCAAAAACAAUUGUGGUCUUGAAACCUGGUCCACAGAGUUUGGAUCCUGAUUCUUCAUCUGGACAUCAUUCUACUGGCAAGAAGUCCAAAAACGGAAGAACAUUUUCUCGAUUUCUUAUCGGUUUACUCAAAAGAAGGCUACAAGCUGCUGUUGGAAAGAAGUCAUGUGAUAUUCCUGUUGAUAAGAGCCAAAACUGUUGCUUGCAAGAAGAGAAACAGAGUAAAUCCGGGAAGCAUGUUUCAGAUGAAGAAGAACCGUUCUGUAAUGAAAGAAUGAGCAAUAAUGCUGAUAAAGAGGAUACUGUCCACAAAAGCCAAGAUUCAAAGAAGAUAAUGUCAGGCUUGUAUAUUGCAGCGAGGAAACACUUGUCUGAAAUGCUUGCAAAUGGAGAUAUAGAUGUGAAUUUACCAGAUAAGGAAGUACCAAGAAUCCUUGGGAAGAUUCUUUCUCUCCCUGAGUUCUCAUCAGCAGGAGAUAGCCCUAGAUUGAUCCCUGCGCAUGAUUUUGCUAGCCAUCUAAGCCAAACAACCGAGGAACAAAAGAAUUGUCCAUGCACAAAUGGUCUGACUGAUGAAGAUUCAGAUAAAGAUGGCGAGGCAUUGUUUACCAUUGAUGUCUCUGUUCCCAGAGACCAUGCGGAGGAAACUGAGAAUAUAGAAACGAAAGAGAAGACAGAGAUAAAUCCAUUAUCUGAAACUUGCGUCUCUUCCAUUUCUCCACAAGUCGAAUAUGUUGAUGAAGAUGUGCUUCAAUGUCGUGAAGAAGACGGGGAUAAGCAAUCCUUGAAUAAGGAAAUGUUCAGCCAAGCGCAUUCUUCUCCUCCUCAAGAAUCUCCAGAAAGUUCUUCAGUUAGGAUGACCGAAUGCAAAGAAACGACCACUGAUGUGCAGGGAAAGUUAAGUCCUGUGUCUGUGCUUGAGCCUCUGUUUACUGAUGAUGAGAGUAGCCCAACAACAAGCACGAGAUUCAGUUCAGCUGAAAUGCGGAUACAACCACUCUGUAUAAGAUUCGAUGAAGCUGAUUCUCCAAAACCAGACAACGCCAACAAUCUUAUAACAAGCAUGGACGACAAGGAAUUGACACUUGCACACAUUGAAGCCGUUGUUAAAUCCUCAGGUUUGAGCUGGGAAGAGCUUUUGGCGAGGCCCUUUUACUCGGAGCAGCUUUUUGAGCCAGAGUUAAUAGACGACAUAGUUUUCUGUUCUACACAGCUCUGCGACGACAAGAAUCUCCUUUACGACUGUAUCAAUGAAGUUCUCUUGGACUUCUGUAGGAAUGAAUUAAAUCCCGGGCCUUGGAUUUCAUUCUUGAAACCUGAGGUCCAGCUAAUCUCAGACAUGGAAAUCGCAGCUAAAGUGGCACGAGAAGGGGUUUACUGGCAUCUCUUACCUUUGCCUUCCCCUCACACUUUAGAUCAGAUAGUGAAGAAAGACAUGGCUAAAACCGGAAGCUGGAUGGAUCUCCGGUUUGAUAUUGGUUGCAUUGGUUCCGGCAUAACUGAAAUGAUCCUUGAUGAUUUAGUAGAAGAGAUCAUCAGAAGCUGCAGAGACAUGGUUCGAGCUGAACCAAUGCUGGACCUGAACUUCGACAACCUGUGAUGAGUCUCUUUUUCUUUAACCUUUUGUCUAGCCUGUACAGUUUCGCUGUCACUACCACUCCCACGGUCAACGAUCUCUAGUUGACUUGUCUUGUGCAGUGGCACAACCACAGCUUUUUUUAACAUCAGCACAGACCUGAGAAUAUUUUCUUUUGUUUCUUUCACUUCAAUACUCUUUUUUUGCAUUUUAAAGGGGUUUCUGUAGUUUUUCUCAGCCAAGAGAGUUUUAUAUGAGUAUGAACUAUAGACUGGUAAUAACACAAAGAUGAUGCUUUUUCUAAGAAUCAUGUUGUA